AUGGCUGCUACGCUGAAUGGGAUGUGCAGCUCGGCUCCGGAUACACCGUCCCCCGUCUAUCCAGAUCGACUGAUACGUCCUCUUCCCAAACGCCCGCUGCGAACCCGACUCUCCUCCGACGCCGCGGACUCGAUCCUCUACCCCCCGGCUCCCCCAGCAACCCAAUUGUUCUAUGGUGCAUGUGCGGAUAGCGGGGAGGUGGUGAAUGAUGCCAAAGUGUAUGUGCAGCAGAGCGAAGGCCAUGAUCACAGCCCGGAACGCGAUCACCUUCCGUAUGAGAACGGCGUAGAUGUUGAGAGCGGGGACGAGGACGGUCCCGUGGUGGUUCACCGAAGUGCUGGCUUCCGCGGGUCGCCCCUGUCCCCGUCGGCGGUCAACUCGCAGCCACAACCCCACCCGGGCAACGGGGAAGGUACCCCGAUCAAGUCUUCGGCAGGGCCCGACGGGUACGACGCUUUCGAGAACACCAACAACAAAAAGAAGCGCAAAAUUCCCACGCCGGGAAAUUUGGGAAGUCACUCCACCCUCUCGCCCGAGUUCUCGACUAUGGGGUUGACCCCCUCGGCUCCCACGACGGGGCCUCCUGGAGAUGGAAGCCACGUGAGCACCUUCUACGGCACCGGUAGCCCCGCCUCUCCUGUCGGCCAUGGGAUGUCAGGUCCUGGGAGAGGCCGUCUCGGUCGUCAUGCGCAUCGAAACAGUACGGGGCGAGGUUCUUUCUCUCACUCGAGUCCGGUCGCCUGGUCGCAGGGACGGGGGCCGGCUCGCCGUGACGGUCUGUCCUCGCCUGGCUCCACAGGGGAAUAUACGAGCUCGGACCAGGGAAUCAUCUCCGCUGCUAUCGCCAAUGCGGCCGCCUCGGCGUUUCCCUCCCCUCCCCCCGGAUCGAAGGCGGUCAGCAUGCUCGAGCAACAGGCAACGACCCCUACCAAGACCCAAUUUACCUUCACGUGCGAAUCGGAUUCGUCCAAAGGCAUGGCGCUGCAGCCGCAGAGUCCGUACGCGGCCACGCACCGCUCGCCCGGAUCGAUCGCGGCCGCCCAGAAUCAGCGGCGCUUCUCGACGCAGGCGACACAAACCAGCCCCAACGCCGCGUCGCAGAUGAGCCAACAGCCUGAUCAUUCGCCGUCUGCCACGGGGGUCGAACCCAACACCACUGGGCGGAAGAAGAAGCGGUCACCCGGCAGCAUCUAUGCGUUGGCCGCGCGACAACGCAAGAUCCAGCAGCAGUAUACCAACCUGCACCAUCCUCCGAAUCUGGAAGACAUCUGGAUCUGCGAAUUCUGCGAGUACGAGAGUAUCUUCGGCCAUCCCCCGGAAGCUCUGAUUCGACAGUAUGAGAUCAAGGAUAGAAAGGAGCGCAAGCGAUUGGCGGAGAAGAAGCGACUGCUGGAGAAGGCCAAGAUGAAGGGUCGCAAGAACAAGAAGACCCCCAAGGGGGCGACAAAGCAUACCGCGAGCCACCAGGGGUGCUGCGAUGGGAGUCACGAUCGGGCAUCGGCUGACCAUUCGUCCUUGGGAGGUGGACCGGGGCAGCAUGACGAAGACUACGACUACGAUGAUGAACCCGUUGAUCCACCCCCUACCGCACCUCCAACCGGAACGUUCAAAACACCUUUGCCCCCGGGGACUCAUCCCAAGGCACCGGCGAGUGCAUCCGGCGUUAAAGGGGCUGCGGACGCAGGCACGUACAGGCCGCCCUGA